CUUCCGUAGCUACGCACAACUAUGGCGCUCUGAGAGUUGUGACAACUGUUUUGGUGGUGUAAACAAUACAUUUUCUCAUUUCUAAAACACUCUUUCCUCGGAAUUUAUAUUUAUCUGAACUACCACCCACUUUGCGACACAGACCAUCAUGCCGUCCGCCUGUGACUCUCUGAUUGAAGACAUCGAGGACAUGGUGUCCUCUAGUGACCCCACUCCUCACGAGAGACAGUCUGCCAGAAAGAGUAUCAUACCAAGGUCCAGGAAGAAAAAAGAGCUUCUGAGCCACGAGGAGCUCCAAGCUGACAGUGUGAUCCCUGGCACCCAAAAAAUCUGGAUGAAAACGUGGGGCUGCAGUCAUAACAACUCAGAUGGAGAGUACAUGGCCGGACAGCUGGCUGCCAGCGGAUACAAGAUGACAGAUGACCCAGCAGAUGCAGACCUGUGGGUGCUCAACAGCUGCACUGUGAAAAACCCUGCGGAGGACCACUUCAGAAAUUCAAUCAAAAAAGCCCAGGAGCAGCAGAAAAAGGUGGUGGUAGCAGGUUGUGUCCCGCAGGCUCAGCCACGGAUGGACUACCUCAAAGGACUCAGCAUCAUUGGGGUCCAACAGAUUGAUCGAGUGGUGGAAGUGGUGGACGAGGCCGUUAAAGGCCACUCAGUUCGUCUGUUGGGUCAGAAGAAAGAUGGAGGCCGGAGGCUCGGAGGAGCCAGACUGGACCUGCCCAAGAUCAGGAAGAACCCUCUCAUUGAAAUCAUCUCCAUUAACACUGGGUGUCUGAAUGCAUGUACCUACUGUAAGACUAAGCAUGCCAGAGGAGACCUGGCCAGCUAUCCCGUCGAGGAGCUUGUGGAGAGAGCCAGGCAAUCUUUCCAGGAGGGAGUGUGUGAGCUCUGGUUGACCAGUGAAGACACAGGAGCAUACGGUAGAGACAUAGGGACAGACCUGCCCACACUACUGUGGAAAUUGGUGGAAGAAAUUCCUGAAGGAGCCAUGCUGAGGCUGGGAAUGACCAACCCACCAUAUAUCCUGGAACACCUAGAGGAGAUGGCUAAGAUAUUGAAUCAUCCACGAGUCUAUGCCUUCCUCCAUGUCCCUGUGCAGUCGGCCUCAGACAGCGUCCUGAUGGACAUGAAGAGAGAGUAUUGCAUCGAUGACUUCAGAAAAGUGGUGGACUUCCUCAAAGAGAGGGUCCCAGGUGUAACCAUUGCCACAGAUAUAAUCUGCGGUUUUCCUGGUGAGACAGAUGAAGACUUCCAAGAGACAGUAGACUUGGUGAAGCACUACCAAUUCCCCAGUCUUUUCAUCAACCAGUUCUACCCCAGACCGGGUACACCUGCCGCCAAGAUGGAGCAAGUACCUGCACAUGUGAAGAAGCAGAGGACUAAAGUGCUGUCACAACUCUUCCACUCCUACAACCCCUACGACCACGAGGUCGGGGAGAGGCAGAAUGUGUUGGUGACAGAGGAGUCAUUUGAUGCCCAAUACUAUGUGGCCCAUAACAAGUUCUAUGAACAGGUGCUGGUGCCUAAGAGGGCUGAGUUCAAAGGGAAGAUGAUUGAGGUGGAUAUCUACGAGGCAGGAAAACACUUCCUGAAAGGCCGGCCGGUGGAAGACAGUCAGCCUUUCACUCCCUCCAUUGCUGCACCACUUCAGAAAGGAGAAGUGUCUGGUCUGAUGCAGGAACAGAAGGCCAAUGGCAUCCAUGGUCCUGCUUCCUCUUCGGCGUCUUCAUCUGUUUUGUUGUUCGGCUCGUACAGUCUGGACAGGGAAGCAGUGAAGAAGCUGGGAAUCGGGCUCACCUUGGUGGCAGCCAUCUUGGCCUUCAUCGUAGAGAAACUGUACUGAUGGAGCAGCUGCAAACUAGAGAAUGGCUGCGAAGAGGGGAGAGGAUGGUGACAUCCUAGGAGCCUAAACAGAAGGUGCUGAAUAAAACUGUCUCCUUAGAUCCUGUGACACAGCUCACCAGCUCUUAUUCAAUUUUGAAUGAACCCAAAGAAGAAAAGAAAGAUGGAGUCAGUGAAACCAACACAGAGGAUUAUUUAAAUGUCCUGUGAGAUUUAUGUUGUUUUAGUACAGUUGGAUUUUUAAAGUUUUUCUUUAAUUAAAGUGCAUAGCUCACCACUCUGCAGUGGUUAACUGUGUUUGAUUGAAACAAAGUGAUGUCAGUGUUUUCUUAGUUAUUGAAGGAGGAAUAACCACAUGGGCAAUGAGAGGUCAGCUGUCAUCACAGACACUUUUUAUACCAGCCUCUUUGGUACAAAUAUCCCCCGACAUUAGAUUUUAAUCACAAUCUGUUUCAAGUUCUGAUUCUGUUUCAUAUUUCUGUUUCAUUACGAGGGUUGAACAGUUUCUAUGUGUACGCUGUUUCAGAAAAACGCUAUGCUUUUUCUAGCGCUCACUGCUGGCUGCAGCCCGACGUGCAUAAACUGGUAAACACAUAUUUUGAAUCAUGGUUUUUGGGGUCUGUGUAGCUGUUUCACAGAUAAAUUAAGCACAGCUCAACUAGUUGAUGCUCAUGGAAACACAUUCUGGUCCUCUGUACUAGAACAAAGUCUGGGGGAUGAUGAAACUGUCCGUCACUUUUCAGCUUGCAGAGAUACAGAGUGAUUCCCAAUGAAAUAUCCAGCAUAUUUAGUAGAAGUACUGAGCCUUUUCACACAUAAUGUUUAAUGGAGUUUCCCAUCCUCGUGAUGAUGGAUUGAGUCAUGCUUACUUUACAGUACCUUAUUUUACUCUGUGGAAAGAAGUGUGUGUAUAAUACUCUGUUAGAGGUAAUUUAUUUUUGAAUAAGACGUGGACAGUAUAUUUUCAGAUCUUCAUGACAAGCUUCUUUCUUUGUGUCUUUUAAAGUGUUUUAACUUGUUAUCCUUUCAUUAAAGUGGUCCUCAUUUUGUCCUACAGAACACCACACACCCAAUAUGAUGUGUUUAUUUGCAUGUGGUGACUUGCUUUGGUGCCAACGUAAAGGAUUGUUUCAUAUUUUCUCACCUACCUGUAGUGGUUUCAAACUGAAAUCCACCUCAUAGAUUUCUGCUGCCAGCUCAGUACAAUGAAGGUAAAUGGAAACAGAGCUGUUAGCAUUGCUAGACAUCACUGGAGAUUAAUAAGAUCUUUUUUUCCCUUUUUUUUGUAGGCCAGGUGAACAGACCCUGUAAUACAAGUACACUGUUGAUAUAUGGGCUAUUUGUGGUGUAGCCAUCGUCUGAGUCAUUACUGAGACAGACGUUUUUUGUUUGUCUUGAUUAGCAUUGUGGCAGCCAUCCAAAACAGUAUAAUAAAGGAAAAACGCAA